GGCUUUUCUUGUCUUUUUUGGUGAUUUGGCUAUAAAUUAACAACUUCAUCAAGCCUCUUGCAUAUCCUCAUCAAAUUUUCUCUCUAGCAACACCAAAAAUGUGCGGUGGAGCAGUCAUCUCCGAUGCCGAUCCUGUCUUCAAGCUCGACCGGAAGCUAACGGCCAACGAUCUUUGGUCUGAGUUCGACACCUUCGAUUGCUUCGGCUGGGAUUUUAGACCACAAACCCAACCUUCCUUCACUGGAGCAGCUACCUCAAUCUCAAAAGUAGUCACCAACAAAGAGCCAGAAGAAAAGACUCCGAAACCAAGCGAGAAAAAAGCUAAACCAAGGAAGAACAAGUUUAGAGGGAUCAGGCAACGGCCAUGGGGAAAAUGGGCAGCCGAGAUCCGGGACCCACAUAAGGGUGUUCGAGUCUGGCUCGGUACAUUCAACACGGCUGAAGAAGCGGCUCGAGCCUAUGAUGAAGCCGCCAAGCGUAUCCGCGGUGACAAGGCUAAGCUCAACUUUCAUUCACCAGUGGCCAAGAAACCAUGUGUGGAGACCCCCACCGAGUCAACCGUGAACAACCCGGUGCUGUCGACACCAGCAUUGGUGAGUUAUGAUCAGUUGCAAAACCAAUGUUACUACUACAACAAUGUGGCUGAUGAUUUUGAGUUCAAGGAACAGAUAUCGAACCUUGAGACGUUUUUAGGACUCGAUCAUGAGUCGACUCAGCUUGGCGAGUUUGGUGUCGACUCGAGUCAUCUUUGGAUGAUGGAUGACUUCCCGGUUAUCAUUUGAGUCAUAUAAACUCCGCAAGUAAAGUAAAAGAAUUCGGAAAUAAGUUGUGUUGCUGGCCAACACACUAUAUUUGUGUUUUCCAAAAUGUUUGUGUGUGUUUUUGUUUUUGUUUUAUAGAAUAUGCAUGUGUUUAUAAGUAUGUGGUAUUUGGCUUUAUAUUAUGGCUUUUGUAUAGUUGCAUGUCAUCGCCUUUCAUAAUAAGGUACCAAUAUUAAUCAGUGUCUUUAUAUUCA